GGUACCGCACGGGUUUUGUUGAGAAAAUGGCGGAUAGGCGACGGCGAAGAAAUUCAGAAGCCGAGAGCGAGGAGGAUUCACAAAACGAGCAGACGCAUGGUGCUAGUGAAAAUGUUGCAUCAACAAAUGACACUGAGAAGGGCGAGCAGAAACAAGCUGUAAAAAAGGAUAUUGAUGAAGAAGAGGAGGAAGAGACAGAUGAAGAGGAAGAAGAGACUGAUGAAGAUGAAAGUGAAGAAGAUGACGAGUCCUAUGACGAAGAGGAUGAAAGUGUUAUUGUGGAAGGAGAUGAAGGGAUAAAUGAAGAGAGACAGAGUGGAGAUGGAGAGGAACAGCCUGAUGCUGAAAAUGUUGACGAUGACGAAGACAAAAAGAAUCCAGCCUAUGUUCCAAAGCGGGGCGCUUUUUAUGAGCAUGACAUGAGAAUCUCAAUGGACGAACAGGAGGAGGACGACAAAAAACCAAAGAAAAAAUUGUGGAAAGAUGAGGGUAAAUGGCAGCAUGAUAGAUUCAAUGAGUCUAUGCAGGCUCCCAAGACAAGGGCAGAAUUGUAUAGUAUUUAUGGCUAUGACAUAACCAAAAGCAAUAACCCCCCAGAAGCCCCACCCAGGGGCAACCGUCCAAGGGGCCCACGAUCUAAACAAAGAGCCAGGUUUCAGGACUACAUACCUGAAGGAGAUAAUAUACAGAACAGGAACAGUUACAACAGUCUGAGGUCUGGUGGAAGACAGGAGUACGACGAAAACGGACGAGGUGGAAGAGGUUACCCCAGGCGAAGAGGAGAGGGAGGAAGUUAUCGAAGAAACAACAGAUACAGGAACAAUGACAGUUACUAUGACAACAGAAAUAGGAACUAUAACAGGUCCAAUCAAGGGGACUUUAACAGCCGUGAGGAAUUCCCAGAGCUAGGCUACAAGGAAAGGCCAAGGCGGUAUGAGGAAGACAGAGGCUACCAAAAUGAGAGAAGAAAUGAACAGGACUAUCGGAGUCAAGUUGAGCGUUCAAGUCAGGAUCGAGAUAACAGGAGUUAUAGGGAUGGGAGAAAUAGUUCAGAAAGGGAUAAUCGGUCGUAUUACAAUAGAGACAACAGGGAACAAGAUCAGUAUGAAAGGGGUGAUUAUGAUAACCGCUCAAGCAGGGAUAAUAGGUCAAAUAAUGAAAGGACAUCUUCUCCUAGAGAGGAAAGAGUGAGCCCAGAACAAGAAGAAAGGUCAUAUAAUGAUGGGUACAGACGGGGAGGGCGGGGGUCCAGAGGGGGCAGGGGAAGUAGGCGUCCGGCCAACAGGAAACCGGAGCCAGAUAGAAACUUUCCUCCAAGAUUCCAGAGAAUGAAGCAGAACUCUGGAGAGGGUGAUCUUCAGGGGACAGGUGAAGGAGUGGAGGAGUCCUACACCUCACCCCCAGUGUCCCCAGCAGAGGGUGGUAAACAGGGCUUCCCCCCACCACCACAGAGGGAGGGUCAGCCUCAGGCUGCCCCUGUAGCCGAGUCUGUGAUUGUACAGAAUGUUGGUGAGCGGAAGUCCUAUUCCAAGGAGCGGCGUGUGAAGUCUGGUCGAGGACCGGAGGAGCCUCCACCCAGUGUGCCAGAGGAGCCAGUGCCAGCAGAAACGCAGGGAAAACAAGAAGAUGCAAUACAGUCUCAGCAGUUUGACAACAAAUCCUACAGUAAGCAAGAACAGGGAGGUAAACCUAAGCGCUAUUCCUCUCAGCGACAGCGUAACAUGCCAGAAGUAGGGGGUUACACGGAACAGCCAAUAGAGGGACAGAAAUUCUAUCCUCAAGACACUGUAUUCAUCAAAGGACAUGAAAAUCCACUCUCAAACUUUUUCCCUUGUGCAAUCACUUGGGAUAGUAAUCAAUUUAAUAGCGCAGAACAUGCAUAUCAGUUCAGUAAAGCCAUGUACCAUAACAAAAAGGAGUUAGCUGAAGAAAUGAAAAAAGCAGACACUGCAAAUAAAGUCAAAAUGUUGUCAAAAAACAUAAACCCGUCGGAAUCCUGGAUAAGUAAACGAUGUAAGGUCAUGAAAGAUAUACUGGUCGAAAAGUUCAAACAGGUGGAGAAAUUCCGCUCAGCCCUUCUGGCUACCGGCAACAAACCACUCGCUCAUGAUGUGGUGAAUUUCUUCUGGGGCACGGGAAAGAACUUCAAAGGCCAAAACAUGUUUGGCAAGCUCCUAAUGGAAGUCAGAGACCAAGCGACGGCUCAGAUGUCGAGUCAGGCCAGCUUCUCCGCACACCCUACCCCUGCCAUGCUUAGACCCCCUAUAGCUACUGUGGCGUUCCCUAUGACUGCUGUGCCCAGCGGUACCAUGUCUACCCCUCAGCACAUCUUCCCUGGAUCCCAGCCAGCCACCAUGACAACACAAGUCCAAAUGAUACCCCCUCAGUACAGCAAUGCCGGAGUGCUGUACGCUGCCACUCCUAACUACCCGGUGCCUCCGGUCGCUAUGGCAGGCUUCCCUCCCCCUGGCAAUCACCCCCCACCAGCACUGGCCACCCAUCAGCAAGGCUACCCCUCACCCCCAGGAACACAGCAACCAUCAAUAGGAGCCCAGCAAAGUCCAACUCAGGCCACACAACAGGAACUGUUCCGGAACCAGACAAUAUAUUAUCCUCCAGAGUUACAAAUGAGAGGUUUUAGAUCAGCUCCAAAGAGAGCUAAAGCUGCCAUUCCCAUUGUAAAUCCAAAGGAAAUGAAAAACGAUCCAACCAAAGAAGUGAUGGAAGAUGAGAGUGCAUCACAAGAGGAACUGUACCAGGAGCAGGUGCUCCUCGAGGAACCUUUGUCCUUGGAGGAGCCAUCAGACAGGAAGGAAGUGGAAGAGGACAGAGGUUCUGAGGAGGACCAAGUGGAAAGCCCUGGGACUGGACAAACUGAAUAUAGUAUAUCAGAAAAUGUUAAUAAUUCAAAUAAUGUGGCAGUUUCAGAAGGAACGUCUGAAUCAUAUGAUAACACAGACUUGGGAAGUAAUGACAGUGUGGAAGAUACGAAAGUGAAAGAAGAAACUGUUCCUGUGGAUGAUCAGAUUAAUUCUGAAAAAAGUGGCAAACUUGAUAUGUCCUUAGAUGCUAGUGUAAAAAAUGAAGCUGUUGAAGAAAAUACUACAGAGGAAAAGUGUGAAAAUUUACAAACUUCACCCAUACCAGAGCCAGUUGAUCCAGAGUGUAAAGAGUCAGCAAAAGAUACUGUGGUCGAAACUAAUACGAAAGUAGACGAAGGAACAGAAGAGAAAGGUUUAGCAGUGGAGGACAAUGUGAAAACGGAAGGAGUGACUGAAGAAGAGGAUAACGCUAGUGAUGAGGAGAGCUUUACUGACGCCAAAGACGAGCUGGAGAAUGAAUCGAGUGCACCCACUACAGAGUCCAUAGAGUCCCCCAGUACCUGAGAGAAAGUUGUGUUGUUACUGCCAUAUGUGUACAAGUGUACAGUCAAUUCAGAUUCAGAUUUGUGUACUUAACACAUGUACAUGAUUUGGUUUUUAAAGUUUGUUGAAGCAAGUGUUGUUUUGCUUUCUGACUAACCUGUUAAACUGUAUCAAUCCUUGUUUUAAAAAAAGAAAAGAACACACCCGGUUGUAAUAACAUUUGUGCAAUGUGAAGAAAGACCUGUUGUUGCAAAAUAUGAAGAAAUAUUAAUCCUUGGAUUUGAUUUUUUUUUGGUUAUCAUUUGAUAAACAUAAUUAUACAUGUAUGGUAAUUGCAUUACCUAUUUUGAAACUGCAUGCAAUCUGUCAUAUCCAUUAUUAAUGUAAAUUUUCAAUCAACUGUACUUCAUAUUUCAGUGGCAAUUUAAAUUUGUCUUUUGAACUGGUUUGUAAAGAAAGACAGUGAUUUAUCAUGUCACAUAUCACUUAAUCAGUGUCAUCUCAUCUAUUUUAUUAAAAUCAAAGAUUGGUUGAUGUGAAAUUUAAAUGGCAUCCUUGCAAUAAAGUUUGUGUCCAUUAGAAUUGUGAGUGUAUUUUUGUUUUGUUUUUUGUCAGACAACAAAUACAUGUAAAUAGGUGUAAGACAUACACCUAGCAAAAAAAAAAUCUACUGUUAGAUUGUGCAUGUGUACAUUCAAAAGUCCAGGUUUAUAUAAGUUUGAAUUACAGCACUAUAAAUUGCUGCUUUGUAUUAAUGUGCAUGAGAAACUGAAAAUGAACAGUGUAAAAGGUGGGGACUACAUACCAUGAAACAUACAAUAUACCUUGAAAAAAUUGUACCGCAUCAUGUCCCUGCUUUACCAACUUAAGCAUAUUGCAAUAAUUAUUUCUCCUCAUUUCAGAUGAAAUGUAUUAUCGCUUUGUUAUCGUAUAAAAUUUUUAAAGAUACAUGCAUAUGUACUUCGACAAUGUUUUGUAAACAUUGUUGGUACACCUACAGUGUAUCUCCAAUUUAAUUUUGACUUUUUCACUGCUCAAACAUAGAAUAUUCUAAAUCAUAUGGUAUAAUGUUUGAAGUCUUUUUUAAUAAAAUUUAUUAGAUUUUUA